UGAGAUCUGUGUGGCGCAUAUGUAUUUGGUACCUCCUUGUACCGAUAUCUAUGAGUUAAAAUAAAUAAAUAACUAAAAGAAAUCAAUUCAUCAGAUAAUUGUUAAUAUUGACUAGUUAUUGUGAAUUAAUGCAUAUUUGAUACAUUCAUAACCAGUAGAUAUAAAUAUAAACUAAAGUAAUGAUAAGUUCAAAGUAAUUGUAUAUUUCAAUGAUUUUCUGUUACUUUCUUUAUUUUAGUAAUAAUCUUUACUAUUAUGUGGUAUGAAAUUCUUCCAGCACUUUCAAUAAUAACUGGAAUAACAUUUGCUAUAUCACCUUUAUUACAUGUAACCAACUAUGCAUUUUUUGGUAGAUGGUCUCCACCUAAUUUAUUUCAAUUUAAACAAGAUUUCUAUUUACAUUUACGUGAUAAAGAUCUUGAAGGACCACUUUUAUUUCAAUUUGUAUUAUAGGCAAUGAAUUGAAUUGAUAUUUUGGUUCAUGAUCUAAUUCUAAAUAAUUCCAACGUGGUUCUAAUAAUUUUGAUUUUGGUUGAUACCAACCUGUAAUAAUAGAAUUAUUAUGUUGUGAAACAUCUUGAUCCUGAUCCUGAUCGUCAUGAUUGAUUAUUGUUGUUGUUGUUGUUGUUGUCUGAGGAGUUGUUUCAUUUAAAUCUAUAUGAGAUAUUUUAAUAUCUUGAAGAUUAUCUGUAACAAGUUGUUGAAAUAAUUCAAUAAUCAGAUUUAAAUUAGAUUGAAGAUAUUUAUUAGAGAAUAAUCCAGUUUUCAUUGGAAGACGUGUUAAUGUACAUUCUAAUCUAGCUAAUGCUUUAUGUCGAAAUCGUACACCACAACCAAUAGAAUCAUUCGAUGAUGAUGAUGAUGAUUUAUUAUUAUUAGUAUUAUUCAAUAUGGAUCCAAUUGAAGUACCAGAUACAGCACAAUGAAGUGCCAUUUUAAUAUUUGUAAAUAAAUAUAUAAUACCUUCAUUUGAUAAUAAUCUACAUAAACGUGUAACACCUUCAGGAGAUUUUAAUCCAUUUGCUUCAGAUCUGUUGGCCAAUUUGUUAAACGUGAUGUACAAACACCGACUACUUGACAUAGGAGACUACGAGCAAUACGUGAUUUAGAACAAACAAAUAAAUCCAAUAUUUUUCUGUAAAGAAAAAAAAAAAGAGAAAAUCGCUUAGAAACAAACAUACGUACGUGUAUAUUGUUAUAUCCAUAUGAAGAAUAAAUGAACGGUAGCUGUUGCUAGGACUUAUUUAUGAACUAUUAUUACAUAUAUCUUUAUUAUUCAGCAACUAUAUUAUAUGUAUAUUUAUAUUCGUUUUAUUCUAAACUUUGAUAUGAACUAUUGACGACUAUUAUACGAUUUACAAUUCUUAAAUUACUCCUAAUACAUUAGUAACAGUCUCACAAUAACAGCCACUUUUGGCUUGGUCUUGUAUAAUUACUAUCUUUUGUUUUACAGUGUGAUACGGUCUAAUCUACUUAUAUAUAUAUAUAAACAGC